UUUAUAUUUUCUAAGACACCAUUAUGACUUCACAAGGAAGGAGCGAUUUCACAAGCUUGCAUAUAAUAUUUAUAAUAAGCGGUGGUGUGCUGACAGUUAUCAUUUUGUUUAUUUUCGCAAAACGACAAAUUACUAGGUUUGCGCUGUCUCGGAGAGGUCCUCACGUUCCUAUAGGUACUGAUGCUAAGAAGUGUUUAAAGAAAGAGAUAGAGCGCCGAAUAGAAGCCGUCCCCCGCAUCAUGCAUGAGCCCCGGCUGAUCAGUUCAGAACCCUCACACUACAUCCUGGAGCCGCAACAGCCUUAUCACUACCGGUUCAAGGCUGUAGAUGAUGUCAAGACAUUAGAGGAGGAGAUAGCCCGCCAAGACCCAUGCCUCCGCCGGCACCCCCGCGAGUCCCUCCGCGGCUUCCUUCUCUCAUCGCUAGCGGCCCCACUAGACGGCCGCGGCCAGAAGUUGGUACACCAGUUCUGCGACACAUACGAAUUCGCCCGGCAUCACCCUGGGGAGUUUGGGGACGAUGAGUACAGGGCGUAUUCGAGGUUGCUGCUUAAAUUGCUGGAUGCUGCCCGCCUCCUAAAGAGCGUGGGAACCGGCGCGUGUCGCUCGUCGCCGCGCACCAGCCCGGUGCGGCGCGCGCGCCUGCUCGAGCCGCGCCGCGCCGCGCCCCGCCAGCUCACCAACCAGUACACCGCCUUAGAGAACCUACCCGCCGAUACAAAGAUAGAGGACGACCUCAUCCGGGUCCCCGUGCAGAGCCUCGCGCCCGCGCCCGCUCCCGCACCCGCGCCCGCCGAUGAAACCGCCGUAUGAGGCCGGUCGCAUACACCCUCCUUUACUACAAGAUGGACUAUAUAACGCAACUCGUGUGCCACAUACAGGCGCUAGUGCUCAUCUACCAGU